CAACACUCAGGAUCAGCAGACGGUUAAGAAGUGUCGUUGAGUAGACUUGGCGUAUGGUAGCUGCACACCGAGCCAGAUUCAAGGACAGGUAGAUGGUCAGUGUAUCGUGACGGAGAAGGCGGUGUGUAUUGUCAUAUUGAUUCACAUGAAUGUUCGCACCGCUCUCAAGGAAACGCAGGAAGCUGAUAAUGAAGGGUGGAUGGAAAGACUUCGAGGGUGUUUCUAUGUGGACAUUACAUUUGAACGAGAGUAGUAGGAGACCAGUAAGGGGUAGAUGAGGGAGAUGAGGAUGUUGAUGAGACGGUCGAGAUUGAUUUGAGAUGAUGUGGUUGGCGUUAUGUAUUUUUCGGAGUGAUUUACCAGCUUGUUCCUCACCCUUUUUCCCCCCUCCUUUUGAACAUGUGCCUGGGCUGUAUAGGAUUCUGAAUUCAUGGGCGUUCAUCAAUGAUCACUUUGUUUACCACAAGCAAAUCCCGCCAGCCACGUCACAUACUGCAGCUACUGUACAUCAUAUUCACAUCAUAUUCACAGCACGUAUGUUGCUGUUUUGUGUGGUGCUUUUGGCGUGUGCAGCGCUCCGGCGUGGUAAACAAGGUGCCUUCCGGCGGCGAUGGCCCUGUUCUGGUUCAUUGACUAUCUCCAGUAUAUUUCCGAUUCAAAUUCAGUUGGCCACAAACGAUAGACUGGCUGUGCCACUCCCAACUGGACAAGUAUUCCAUCAACCAUUUCGUCCCUCCCCGUCUCUGAGCUCCAAGAUAUCAUCCGGCGAGGAGUCCCAGCAAAGGGAGCGUAAGCCCUACAUGUAUAUACCACGUUUCGUGAACUAUGCGCACGCCAUCAUGGCGAUGGCAAAGCAGCAAGGCGAUGUAAUAGUGAAUGGAAGAAUGGCAGGAUGUUGCUUGAAGAUCUGAUGAUCAUGGGCUGAUAUGUAUAUGUAUUCGGCGAUGCCCUGAAGGUGCCACAUGUUGAAGUAUUCGGCCCCAUGACAGACUACAUGCCCUCGUAUGCUAGCCUUUGCUUGUUUCGCUGACGGUUUCUGGUAUCUUGUAUGGAUGCGCUCUGGUGCAGACCUACGUAUACUUUACGUCGUAUCCAAAAGACAACUGGAA